CCCCCACGGGGGCGGUGCCGGUCUCCCCAGGUGUCAGCCCGAGCUGCUAAGAGCGUGCUUUUACGCGGCGGCUGCCCUUGAGGACCCCGGAGAGCAUGUGAAGUUGCCCCGCACGCCGCUCUGUUGCGCGUGUGCGAGGCGCUCGCAUUGCUGUUUUUGUGCUUGUUGUUGCUGUCCCUGCUGCUGAGAUAUCCUUGGAACAGAAGAUCUUCUUGUAGAAGCAACUUCCAAUGAUGCUGUGAGAUUCUAUCCCUGGACCAUUGACAAUAAAUACUACUCAGCGGACAUUAAUCUAUGUGUGGUGCCAAACAAAUUCCUUGUCACCCCGGAAAUUGCAGAGUCUGUCCAGGCAUUUGUGGUUUACUUUGACAGCUCACAAAAAUCAGGCCUUGACAGCGUCUCCCCGUGGCUUCCCCUGGCAGAAACAUGGGUACCAGAGGUGAUGAUCUUGGUCUGUGACAGAGUGUGUGAUGACGGAGUAAGCCGACAAAAAGCUCAAGAAUGGUGCAUCAAACAUGGCUUUGAAUUGGUGGAGCUUAGUCCAGAGGAGUUGCCUGAGGAGGACGAUGACUUUCCUGAAUCUACAGGAGUAAAGCGAAUUGUACAAGCAUUGAAUGCCAAUGUCUGGUCCAAUGUAGUGAUGAAGAAUGAUAGGAACCAAGGCUUCAGCCUUCUCAAUUCAUUGGCCGGGACAAACCACAGCCUUGGAACAACAGAGACCCAUCACUCAGAGCAGCCCCCUUUGCCAGUGGCAGACAGGACAGAAUCCCUCCCGGACCAUCGGGGUGGCGCAUCCACCACAGCAGAUGCCCAGGUCAAUAGCACUGUGGAUCCCAUGUUAGACCUGGAUAUUCAAGAAUUAGCCAGCCUUACCACUGGAGGAGGCGAUUUGGAAAAUUUUGAAAGACUAUUUUCAAAGCUAAAGGAAAUGAAAGACAAGGCUGCGACGCUUCCUCAUGAGCAAAGAAAGUUGCACGCAGAAAAGGUGGCCAAGGCCUUCUGGAUGGCAAUUGGGGGAGACAGAGAUGAAAUUGAAGGCCUUUCUUCUGAUGAAGAACACUAGAUUAUUCCUACUAGGUUUGACUGACAAAGAUGCUAGUGGUCUCUACCGGAGAUACUUCCCUACUCGAGCCAGUUAGAUCUUGCUGAGAUUCCCACUAUUAUGUUGGCUACUGGAUUUGUUUUUAGGGUCCCCCUUAAUGUUAGUUUUCAGUAGGGAGUUCUGGAGUAGUCUUUUUCCUUCAGUGUAAGAAAGUGAGAAGUACAGUGAUAAUAAUGAGAAUUUCUCAAAUAUAUAUUUUGUUCUAGGAAUGGGGUAGGCUGAGUCUCAGAGGUCUAAGUGAUUUGCCCAAGUUACAGAAGAGGGAAGCCAAGCAGCCCCUCCCAGCUAGCCUUUGUGUCAAGUUCCCUGCAUCCACACUUCAUUCCCCAGGCCAGGAGCUUGUGCAUGAUGAAGGGAAUUUCCCUACCCAAAGAGCUUACAUCUCUGAGCUCUGUGCUUUUGCUCGGAAGAAAAGAAGUAGCUCCAGAUUCAAUCUGUGCUGUAGUAUGAGAGGCUGGGCAAAGUCGGUGGCCCCUGGGUUUAUGUCUAACUUAGCGCUUCUGAGUGUUUCUUUGAAGUGUGGUGUCUGAGCUUGCACUACAAAGAAUUGGAAAACCAAUGUGUAUUUUUAGACUGCAAGAAAUAAAGCAAAGGUUUCCUAUCUGGUGCGGAUUAGAGAAGCCCUCUGCCGGGACGUCAUGGGGCAUGUGUGAGACUCGAAGGGUUCCGUGUGGGUCACGGAAACAGUGUGCUAGUGACUGGGGUGGUUGUGUCGCCAUUAUGUGAAGACUCUCUUCUGCCUUAUCCUUCUCCCCUGCUGCUUGAGAUGCCAGAGCUGUGUUGUCACACUUCAACCCUCAAAACAAGGCAAGUGUCCCCCCUUUGUGUUUGGAAGCCAGACAAAUCAUUGCCACCGUAGGCACACCAAGCAGGGGUGAAGCAGUAGGCAGUGUGCACCUGAGUGCCAUGUUUCUCUCCCAGCAUGGAGGGCUCUUCCCUGUGUGCCCUUUCAGGCUAUAGCCCAGGGGAUAAUCCUUUGUCCUUUAUCCAGGGCCAUGUGGGAGGGGGUCAGCCCCAGAGGAACCAACCAUCCAAAGCAGAGUUUCAAAGGAAGACUGGAGUAAAAAUCUCAAUUUCUUAUUGUGGUAGAUACUUGAAUAGUAUCCGUCAUCCACCUUCUCUGAUCUGUCACCGCUGUGGCUCCAGACUGGCACAGCACUGGAUGGUGGUGCUGGCAUGCAGGCCGGGUGCUCGUUGUGGCCGAGCAUGGCCUCUAGACCUGCUCACAUGGCAUGGAGGGAACACAGGGUAGGUCACGAGCAAAAUCAAGCUUCAAGCCUGCUCUGGUACCACUGUGUAGGCCUUGCAGAGCCCGAGACAGAGCAGUGGAUGGAAUGUUGCAGGGGCCACCUGAGCCACCAGGGAGGGGAAGCUUGCUGAGUGGAGCCUUCAGGAAGAGGCCCAGGAACAAUGGACACUUGCUUGCUCCCUGUGUUUGGGGCGGGGGGGCGGUGUUGGCUUUUUUGAAGUUGUUUGCAUCCAUGGUUCAGUGCUCUCCCCUCCCAUCAGUGGAACUAAUACUUCUUUGAGGUGACUGUGCUUCCUUGAGGUGAUGUUUCUUGAGGUUGUUACCCCUUGAUUAAAAAUGGAAGGGAAGUUGGCUUUGAGGUUGACAGAAGGUAGAACACAUAUUUCUUAAAAUGUAGAAAUAUUUAGAAAAUGUAUUAGGCCACAUUGUUAAAAAAACAGAUUAGAAAAGAAACUAUGAACUUGAUUUUAUGGGUUAAGCAAAGCCAGGUAAUUAAAAUGUGAUUUAUUUCCAAA